AUGGCCCCCUCCGCCGACUCCAUCAUCGCCACCUUGAACCUCACCGCCCACCCCGAAGGCGGCUACUUCCGCGAGACCUUCCGCGACGACUCCUCUUCACCACAACAAUCCCGCCCAGCCUCCACCCUGAUCUACUACCUCCUCCGCUCCACGCAGUUCUCAGCCCUACACCGCCUCGACGCCACCGAAGUCUGGCAUUUCUACGCCGGCACGGCCGCGCUCGAGGUCGUGGAGCUGCCUGUCGACGGUGAUGGCAGGGUGGGGCCGAAGGUGACGAGGUUGGGGAUGCGGCUGGAGGAGGGGGAGAGGCCGCAGUGUGUGGUUGGGAAGGGGACGUGGUUUGGUGCGCGGCUGGCGAGGGAGGGUGGAGGAGGGGAAGGGGAGGGGGAGAGGUGGGCGCUCGUGGGGUGUACGGUGGCGCCGGGGUUUUUGUUUGAGAAGUUUGAGAUGGGGAGCAGGGAGAGAUUGUUGGCGGAGUGGCCUGGGUGUGAGGAUGUGGUGAGGGAGUUGACGAGGGACGGUUGA